AUGCAGUCAUUACACAGUGAGAGGUUCCUAAUGUGUCUCCCCAUUCUUCUGUCGCUGCUCCUGCUCCCACGUAGCCUCCUGGCAAUCUCCUGCAAUUUUGAAAUCGAUUUGUGUGAAUGGGAAAAUGGAAUGGUUGGUCCUCAAUGGAUUCAGGGCAGUUGGAAAGGCCCAAACUCAACCAACCAGGGCCUGAUGUACGAUCACACCAUCAAUCAGAGAGGUCACUACCUGUUCGUUAGCCCUGCACCAUCGGGUGGCAGCAAGGGUCCUGCACGGCUCACCUCCAUACUACAGACAGCCACCGCCUGUGACCAAUGCUUCUCCUUUUGGUACCACAUGUGCGGCCCAAAGAUCGGGUACCUGAGUCUCAAGGUGCGGCAACAAGGCCGGAGGGAGGAGCUCCUGUGGACCAGGACAGCAACGCAAGGCAACGAGUGGAAGCGCGGGUUCCAGACCAUCGCUUCGCAGCUCAAACACUUCCAGCUAAUAUUUGAAGCAAGCCAGACAGACGGAGGCGGAGAUAUCGCCAUCGAUGACAUCAGCGUUGUGGGAGGGGCCUGUGAGCCCCAGCAGAUGUGCAACUUUGAAGCCAACAGCUGUGAGUUCACCUCGACGGGGGCACAGACCUGGCGGCGAGAGCAGGGACACUCCGGGGAAACCACCAACAGGCCGGCCAUCGACAUCACCACAGAGACGGGGCAAGGUGACAGCACUAAACUCACCCGUCCCCAGUGCCCGCGGCGUUAG